AUGACCGGCCUGUCAGACCAGCCGACGCGACGCGGGGCGCUUAUUGUCGUCGAGGGACUUGAUCGCGCAGGCAAGUCGAGUCAGUGCGAAAAGCUAUGCGACCACCUUUCAAACCAGAAACAGGCUGUGAAAUAUGUUCGAUUCCCAGACAGAACAACGCCCAUCGGGAAGCUGAUCGAUAGCUAUCUACGCGGUUCGUCGCAGCUGGACGACCAUUCCAUUCACCUGCUGUUCUCAGCAAACCGCUGGGAACUUGCAAAGAGCAUUCAAGACGAUAUCGCCCACGGAAUCACCGUGAUCGUGGACCGUUACUCAUAUUCUGGGGUGGUCUACUCAGCCGCCAAAGCGAACCCCACACUCUCGCUCGAAUGGGCGUGGCAGCCGGAGAUCGGACUACCGCGUCCUGAUAUUUGCUUGUUUCUCAGUAUAUCGGCCCAGGAGGCUGCGAAGCGCGGUGGGUUCGGUGCCGAGCGGUAUGAGAACGAGACGAUGCAAACCCGCGUGCGUGAGCUCUUCCGAACAAUCUUCGAGCGGCAACACGACGUGUGUAUCGUCGAUGCAGGGGGUUCUUUCGACCAAGUGUCACAGGAAAUAUUGGGCGCUGUGUCGAACUGUAUGGUGCGCUUAGAUGCGAUCGGGCCGCUCAGGACAUUGGGCCCUCUUGCCUAA